AAGAGUUACUUUUCUAGGCGCCAGUGGGUCACAGUGUGAGAGAACUGCCUCGUUCAAAGAGAAGGAAUCGUUUCACAUUCUAUUCAUUUAACUUUGUUCCAAAGGAUCACAAGGUUUUAAGCUGUGAUUUUCUAAAUUCAACUCAAACGGAUUAACUUUUUUUUAAUUCAAGCUGAUUCUUGUGGAAUUAGUCUAAUUUGGGUACUACUCGUGGUGAAUGCAAUAUCAGCCGAUCAUUGAGAUGAGGUACAGAACCGUUCUGCUCAUUCUGGGACUAAAUUUGAAUCUACUGGGGAACACAGAGUCUAAAGAUUGCCCCCCCGGCUUCAUGGCCGAUGGACAAGAUUGUGUCGAUGAAGAUGAGUGUAUCAAUGGAGUAAUCUGUGGAAGCGACGCCACGUGUAUCAACACCUUUGGGUCCUUUGAAUGCAGUUGCCAUAAUGGGUUCAGAUCGUUUCACACCAACAAUCAUUGUUUGGAUAUCAAUGAGUGCCUGGAGCCACUGCAGAUCUGUUCCAACAACUCCAACUGCGUCAACACCAUUGGUAGCUACUACUGUCAGUGCAAACAAGGAUACAUCCAGAGAGGCAGCUCUACUCAGCAAGGACACUGUGAAGACAUUGAUGAGUGUAAAGGUAACGCUGGUAUUUGUGGAGUGGGCGGGACCUGCAGUAACCAGGAAGGAAGCUACAUCUGCCUCUGUAACCCUGGAUACAGUAACUACGGCAGAAAACAGGCUCAGUGCUUAGAUAUAGAUGAGUGUAUCACUGAUGUCUGUGGAGUGGGCGGGACCUGCAGUAACCAGGAAGGAAGCUACAGCUGCCUCUGUAAGCCUGGAUACAGUAACUACGGCAACACACAGGCUCGGUGCUCAGUUCUGACCUGUGACCAGUUCAAAGCCGAUAAGACUCCUGACCUGGCGGUUCCAGGCCUAUCAGGUCUGCAGUCUGUGAUGGAAAAGAACUGUCUGGCCUUAAGUAAUUCAACUGGAGCAACGCCGACUGGAGAAAUUCUUCUGAAGAAUGUCACCAAUGAGAUGGACAGCCUUCUGUCGCAUGGUCUCCUAGGCAACAGCCGGGAGGUAAGCGGGUUUCUAGGCACCGUAGAGAACGCCAUGAGGCUCAUUGCACCGCAGCUGAAGAACAACCGGACCAACAUUACGUCAGAACACACAGAGUGUCAUCUUGCCGUGAGAAGAGGACAGACUCCGCCCUCUGGGCCAAUCAGUCUAGCCAAUGAACACGCUCGACUGGACACCAGCUGGGAGACAGCAACUGGCAAGGGAGCGUACCAAGGUUUUGCCGUAGCUGGACUGGUGAUCUACAAGACCCUGGAGAAAUCUGUCAACAACUCGUUCCAGGACCUCACAGACCCCACAGAAGACACAAAGCCAAGCUACCAGAUCGGUUCUAAGGUGGUGACAGCUCUGGUCAGUAACCCGGACACAGACAGUCUGGACCAGGCAGUGCUCCUGACGUUCAAACACCUCCAGAUUAUGCCGGAGUCAGAACAGAUUAACUACACCUGUGUAUUCUGGGAGGAGAGGCAUGGCCAGAAAGAGGGCGGGGCUUGGUCAAGGCGUGGCUGUACUAAAGUCCUGUCUAACUCCACCUACACACAAUGUUCCUGUGUGCACCUGAGCAGCUUUGCUGUUCUGAUGGCUCUGUACCCCAUAGAGCACACAUUUCAGCUGCGUCUGUUGACCUGGGUGGGUCUGUCGCUGUCGCUGGUGUGUCUGUUGCUGUGCAUACUGACCUUCCGGCUGUGCCGAUCCAUCCAGGGGACGCGCAACACCAUCCACCUCCACCUGUGCCUCUGCCUCUUCAUCGCUGACCUAGUCUUCCUCGCCGGCAUCUCUCAGACACAAUACAAGGGAGGUUGUGGGUUAGUAGCUGGCCUCCUCCACCUGUUCUUUCUGGCCUCCUUCAGCUGGAUGUUGUUGGAGGGGAUUCAGCUCUACCGUAUGUUGAUGCUGGUCUUCAAUUCUGCCAUAAGAACUAGGUACCUGUAUGCUGUGGGAUAUGGACUUCCACUGGUUAUUGUCCUCAUCUCUGCCGCCACUUAUCCUGACGGAUAUGGAACCAAAGAACACUGUUGGCUGUCUCUGGAGCGAGGCUUCAUCUGGAGCUUCUUUGGCCCUGUUUGCGCCAUCAUCAUCUUCAAUGCGUUCUUCUUCGUCGUCACGGUCUGGAGGCUGGUCCAGAAAUUCUCCAGCAUCAACCCUGACCUCUCAAGGCUGCAGAAGAUUAGGGCCUUCACGGUAACGGCGGUGGCCCAGCUCUGUGUCCUGGGCAGCAUGUGGAUAUUCGGGGUGUUCCAGUUCCAGGAGGAGGGCACCCUGGUCAUGACCUACCUCUUCACCAUCCUCAACUCCCUGCAGGGGGCGCUGCUGUUCAUCAUGCACUGCCUGUUGAACAAAACGGUAAGAGAGGAGUAUGGCAGGCUGCUGUCCUGUGUGUGCACACAGCAGAAGAGUUACUUGGACUACAGCAGUUCCAACCCUUCUUCCAGCCAGUCCCAGGGAACAAAGGGUGACCAGAACACGGGAGAGUCCAACAUAUGAUGACAUCACCAAAUCCCCACAAUGCAUCUUGUUUUACAUCGUUGUCAUUGACACUCAGUUGACAGCGACUGUGGGGAUAGAGGAGGGUUUUUUACUGCAGCAGUACAUGUCCCGGAGGAGGUGGCAUAGCCCUGCGCCCCCACAAUGCAUCUUGUUUUUAAUCAGAACGUCUGGACACUGCAUCAACAGAAUGCGAGUAGUGACAGAUUAUACAGCGUAACGUUAGCAACCAAACGACUUGAACUGCCAACUGCUGGGUUGCCAAGCUACUGCCACAAUGUCCUGUCAUGGUUGUUGUCUACUGUCUGACAUAGCCGCCAAAGAAGGUACUGUUUCAUACAAUCUCAUUGUACAGAUUGAGAUUGCAGUUUUUUUCAGAAUAUAAGCUUUCUGUCUUCUUUUAAAUUUGCUAAAUAUAUAUAUAGAUAUAUAUAAAAUCAUAUUUAUUGCCAAGAGUGAAAGCUAUUGGACUUUUCUACACAAAUUAAAGGGAUAGUUCCCCGCCAACCCCCCAAAAAAGUUUUUAGAAAUGACAUAUUUGUUUCUUAACAUUAAACUAUAGGUGUCAUCAUGAAUUCCAUUGAUCAAUCAAGUUCAAUGAUUAGUUAGGAACUUCUCUGACCAUCUUGUCUACGCCUUGACACUCAAAUCCAAUGCAGGGCAAUGGUACUCAUCUAAAAUAUUGGACAUGUGAAAUAUCCCUUUAAUUCAGAGGAAUUUAGAACUGAAACAAGGUGUUAGAGUGAAGACCAAAUGGACUUUCAUACUGUAAAUAUAUAGACAGAUGAAACCGUUAACAUUUUGUUAAUAACUCACACGAAUAAGCCUCAAUUUAACUUUUAUAUGUAUAUGGAAAUACUUGAGAAAUUAUUGUACAUGUGAAAUGCUUUUGCAAUUAAGGAACUGUCAAGGAUAUAUAUUUUCCGUGACAAAAUAUGAAUAAUUGCUUUGUUAAUAAUUUGUAAACAGGCUUAUUCAUGAUAGUUAUUAUAAAUGUUACAAUGCUGCCGUUGUGUGUUAUUGUGCCUUUGUGAAGAGCACGGUUCAAACCCUUAAACCCUUACAACACAGCGUUUACGGACACAUCUGCAAUGUCUGUUGUAGGACGUCUAAAUGCAAGAAAUCCGAAUCCUGAAACUGGGAUAUCCGGGAAAGACUAGGAUUGGAAUAGGCCAAAUGAAAUGGUAACCCUAAUGGGUCGAUUCCGGGACAAAUGUUUUAACUUUUGUCAGACUGUUUGGGAUUUGUUGUCACCAAUAACAAGUGACGUUCUUGGUUUGUAACCCCAACUGUCGAUUGUCAAUUUAAAGAUGUAGUGAGGAAUUACAAACUAUCAGUAGAAUCACUAUCAUACCUCAGUGAGCCGUGAAUUUAGCUAAUUCCAUUUGUUUGAGGAUGAGAAGGCUGUGCUCUUUGAUUGGCUGAUGAGAAUUUAUUUUUAUAGGAAGUAAACACUGGCGCCCUGGAGGAUUUGGUGUGACUUCCUGUAAACAAUGCAAUUGUAUACAAACAAUGUUUAGCCUUAAAAUAUGAGUAUACUUGUAAGAUUGCAGAUAGUAAUUCCUUGUAUCCAAUCUCUGUGUCCCUAAAUUGUCUUUAUAGAUGGUUGCAUUUCACCAGUAGGCCUACCUGAGCGUUAGGCCGACCAGAUGUAUUUUUUAUUAUCCUUGACUGCUUCUGAGGUUCCAUGUUAGAAUGAGAUCUAAGAUGAUUUGACAAAAUACUACAAAUCAAUAAGUACAGUCAAUUUAUUGGUUUUAUUGCACUUUUACUUUGACAUUGUUUUCUUAAUUUUGUGUUUAAUGCAGUCUUUGUUUUUCUGAAAAUGCAAGAUUUGUGUGUCCUUUUAUUAACAGAUUUGAUGUUGACUUUGUAUACACUUACUUUUUUACUUGACUAUGGAAAAUGUUUUUUACGCUUAUAGGUUAGGUUUACGUUUGUGUUAGAGAUUUUAGAAAAUAGGUUUUAAAUUUAGAAAAUAAAAUCCCGAGAAGAUGAUGUGAAAACCGUGUGUGUGUGUUUG